AUCCUAGAAUAUAAAAGGGCUUCGAACAUCAUGUCGUUAGGUUUGACUCGUUGUUCUAAUUCAAAUCAAUUAUAUCUUUGAACUUUUGGCAUCAUGAAGCAUCCGGUAAAGACACUGGGAUGUCUCUCAAUCCUCAGCACGCGAGUGCUAGGGAAAAUGACUUUUCCUGACUGCGUCGGAGGGCCGGAAAUCUUGACGACCAAUCUUGUCUGCGACACGAGCGCUAGUCCAUCAGAAAGAGCUGCCGCACUCAUAGGUGCUUGGAACAUCACUGAGAAACUAGCUAAUCUUGUUGACAAGAGUCUCGGAGCACCUCGCCUGGGAUUGGAUGCGUACGAUUGGUGGAACGAAGCUCUCCACGGCGUCGGAUGGUCUCCGGGUGUCGCCUUCGCGCCCUCGGGCGAAUUUUCGCAUGCGACAUCUUUCGCCAGUCCGAUUCUACUGUCGGCCGCCUUCGAUGAUGACUUAGUCCACGCUGUCGCCGAUGCUAUCAGCACGGAAGCUCGAGCCUAUAGCAACUCCGGACAUGCUGGGCUUGACUACUGGACCCCCAACAUCAAUCCUUAUAAAGACCCAAGAUGGGGCCGUGGUUCGGAGACGCCAGGAGAAGACCCCUUUCGCAUCAAGGGAUAUGUCAAGGCUUUGAUAGAUGGCCUACAGGGAAAAGAGAAUAUCACAAAGGUCAUCUCAACAUGCAAACACUACGCCGCUUACGACCUGGAGUACUGGGGCGGAGUUAAGAGAUACGAGUUCGAUGCGAUCGUCGGGAUGCAGGAUCUAGUCGAAUACUACCUCCCCCCGUUCCAGCAGUGCGCGAGAGACUCCAAAGUGAAGUCGAUCAUGUGCUCUUACAACUCCGUCAACGGGACGCCCGCUUGCGCGUCAACGUACUUGAUGGGGACAGUGCUCCGAGAUUUUUGGGAGUGGAAUGAUGAGAGCCAAUAUAUCACUAGCGACUGCAACGCCAUCCUGAACUUCCAUGAAGACCAUAAUUACACGACUACCGCGGCACAAUCAGCAGCAGUAUCCUUGAUGUCUGGGACAGAUAGUAUAUGCGAAGUCGGUUCUAACACAGACGUUAUCGGAGCCUGGAACCAAACCUUACUACCGGAAGAGGUGAUUGAUCAAGCACUUCGACGCAUGUACGAAGGACUUAUCCGCGCCGGAUUCUUCGAUCCCGCGGACGCGACUCCAUAUCGGUCAUUAUCUUGGAAAGAUGUCAAUACUCCCGAACAUCAAACCCUCGCCCUUCGUUCAGCAGCAGAAUCAAUUGUGCUCAAGAAAAACGACGGAAUCUUACCCCUGAAAGUUGAUAAUACGACUACGAUUGCCCUUAUCGGGUUCUGGUCGGACGGGUUGAGCCUGGCCAUGCUGGGCGGAUACUCAGGGCUUCCACCAUAUAUUCGGGGGCCAGUCCAAGCGGCGCAGAAUCUCGGGUUCCGCAUCGUGAACGCUACUGGACCCAUUAAGCAAAACACCUCGGAUACGGAUACCUGGACAGAAGCCGCACUAGAAGCUGCAAAUCAAUCGGACAUCGUGAUAUACUUCGGUGGCAACGAUAUGACGAUAGAAGCGGAAGAGCUUGAUCGCUUUUCUAUCGCCUGGCCCAGUGCGCAGUUAGCUUUGAUCGAGAAGCUCAGCAAGCUAGGGAAGCCGUUUAUCGUCGUCGAGUUAGGAGACCAGAAUGACGACUCAUCACUUCUGGACGAUGAUAAUGUCUCUGCCAUCUUAUGGGCUGGGUUCCCUGGACAAGACGGCGGCACUGCUAUUUUUGAUAUUUUAACUGGCAAAACUGCGCCAGCCGGUCGAUUGACAACUACUCUUUACCCAGCGAAAUAUGUCGAUCAAGUUCCGAUGACCGACAUGAGUCUCCGACCGAGCGAGACCAACCCCGGCAGGACGUAUAAAUGGUACGACAACGCCGUACUACCCUUCGGGUUCGGAUUGCACUACACCACUUUCAAGCCCUCCUUUGGACCCGACGCUUUUGCUGACAAGAUAUACGAUAUAACUGAGCUACUCGAUGCUUGCAACGCGAAAUACCUGGACCUCUGCCCCUUCGAAACAGUAGGUAUCUCCGUCGAGAACACAGGCAACGUGACAUCAGACUUCGUUGCCCUCGCGUUCUUAUCCGGAGAGUACGGACCAGCUCCACAUCCGAUUAAGGAACUUGCCGCGUACGCGCGCAUCAACGACGUAAAUCCGGGAGAAACAAAAGAGGCCAAGUUAGGGUUGACAUUAGGGGAUUUAGCACGUGUAGAUGAAAAGGGGAACACCAUCUUAUACCCGGGGACGUACAGCUUCUUACUCGAUGUGCCCACGCAAGCUACGAUCGGGUUCGAGUUGACCGGCGAGCCGGAAAUGCUCAUCGAGUUCCCGCAGCCCCCGGCUGAUCUCGGAGAAGGCAAUGGACAUGAGAAGUACACGCCGAAGUGAUCUUCUCAAGGCCGACUGAAUGGUGUGCCGUGCGAUAUUGAAGGGAAUUUUCCGCAGGCUACAUGUGAUUAUCUAGGUACUAGUUAACCUACCUGGCACUCGGGUAUGAUUUCAUAGUGCUAAGGAACCUGUGAUGAAUAAGAGUUCUCCACGGCACUGACAAAUAUACUAAU